AUGGGUGACCAAAAUGGUCGUCUUGACUCACCCCUGAGCAGCCAUGAGUUCGACAAAUCUGUAAGUCCACCAAGUCUUGAUCGAAGCCGUGAGAGCGAUGCGUUCAGGUCAAACACCUCCAGUCCGUUGCUGAAUACGGAACCACUACCACUUGAUGACCAGUCACAUUGCCCGUAUUGUCAUAAAGAUUUCAGAAAGCCACGUGUUCUUGAUUGUCUGCACUCAAUGUGCGAAGACUGCAUAAUUGCGCAGUUGGAUGGUCGGCGAGAUGCACAAAAAGCAAGUGAGCAAUCCAGUCGCAAUCCUACGGAUUGUGAGCUAGAAACACCAAAGUUGAAAGAACGUCCCACUCCUCCCGGUGUGAUUCGGUGUCCGAUAUGUGCUCAAGAAUCUCACGUUGGAAACGAUGUACGCUACGUACACACAAUGCUUCUUGAUUAUGUCCGGCUUGCAGAGAAUGAGGAGGCCGUUGGAGAAAGACGCUGUCGCGCUUGUAAGUCAGAACAACCAGCAAUUGCUGUCUGUAAACAGUGCCAAUCAGAUCUUUGUUCAAACUGUCUGUCUGCUCACAGUGUUAUGCGGAUGUUUGAAGGACAUGAGGUCAUGACAUAUGCCGAAAUGGAACAACGUGGUCAACGUGGAGAUGUUCGUCCAGUGCAGUGCCCAACGCACUCACUUCCUUAUAAAAUGCUUUGCGCAACUUGCGAGACGCUAUGCUGCAAAGUUUGUCUCGAAAUGGAACAUCUCAACCAUAAGGUUGUCGAAGUGAAUGCAAGAGUGGUGUUCACAAUACAGUCAGAAAUCGAAAAGCUGGCUGACAAAGUCGAGAAGAAGUGGCGCGAUUCGAUGUCUGAAUGGAGCGCUAUCCCGGAUCGGUCAGCAAGCCUUCACGAACAGUAUGAAGCAGCUAAGGUUCAUGUGGAAAUGGCCUUUGACGAUCUUUUGAAAGCUCUUGAAGAAGCUAAAACCAACAAGCUUGCCCAGUUGGAGGAAACUCGUCAGAAACAAGAAGUGGCGAUUGAAGAUCUUUACAGAAAGAUGAAUUUGAAUGAAGCAAGAGUGAGCGAUGCACUGAGGUUCGCGCGUAAUUUACUUUCAAAAUCGAAUGGAAUGGAAUUACUGGCUAGUCGUCGCAAAGUUGUGCAGCAACUCAAUAAUCUUGCCCACACCAUGCCAGCCUUAGGUAUUCAGGUGGAGUUAGAAUAUCAGCCGUUAUCCAAAAAGCAGUUAGACACACAUAUGAAUGCCAUUUGCGGAAAUGUCAUUGUUGGCGCUACGGCGUUGCCUGGUGCAGCAGAUUGGAAUCGUUCAUUGAGCAAUGGUCAUGGAUCUACUGGUGACUUGGGAGCAAUUGGCAUUGAAAGAAAGAAAUCAAGUAUCUCGUCUGCGUGGAACAACAAUAUUGGACCGUCUCGAGUCAGUGGGCCGGGUGGCGAUGCCUUUGGGUGGCCGCCCAGUAGUCAUCCACCAGAUUUACCAUCGCCUUCACCUCCGAUACCAUUGAAGGAUGUUGCUCCACCAAGUUUCACUGUUGGUGGGCCUGGAGUCAUUGGUCAGCCUUCCAACACAAAUCCUUCAGUUACAGCAUCAGGAGGAAAUCCAUUGUUGACUGGAGCAUCAAACACCGCAUCGAUGAUUUAUAACAACUACCAGUGGCCGCCGUCUUCUAACCCAGCACAAGCGGCUGAUCUUCGUUUAUUUCCGCCAAUGUCUCAUCCUUCGUCGGUUGUUGGAGCCAAUCAGCUGAAAUUAGCUCAAGCUCAGGCAGCACAGCUCCAAGCUGCCCUCCUUUUGCAGAACAACGGACUCGGUAAUCCUAAUUUACUCAUGCAGGCGCGACUGCGGUCAUUGGGACCUGGAGUUGAUCCACUUUUGGCACUCGGAGGUCUUUCGCUUGCUGGUGCACCCGGAGAUGGUAGCGCUCUCUUAGGAAGUGGAACACAAAGAAGUUCUCCACAAGAGCUUCUGAACUCUGGCUCCGUAUUUGGAACAAGUCAACAGGGCAGUUCAAUGCGUGAACUACAUUGUCCUUCCGGCUUCUGUUUGUCAGAGAGCGACGACAUUCUUAUUGCUGACACAAACAAUCACCGUAUUGUAGUGUGUGGCCCACCUCAUCCAUGGAAAAUUGGAAGACCAGGAACAGAUGACGGGCAGCUGUGCUUUCCGCGCAAAGUGAUCGCUUUGAAAGGUGACGUCACAAGGUAUGCUGUUCUUGACAAAGGUGUGGAUGGAAAGACACGUGCCCAGUUGUUCGAUCAACGCGGUGAAUUCAUCAAGCGCAUCAACAUGGUGCCUCUGGUACCACGCGGCGGAAUAGAAGUAUCAGCGGCUUCGUGCACGUCUUCAGGACAUCUUUUGCUAGUUGAUACUAGUGGAGUGGUUUACUGUAUAGACGUGGAUGUACCACGAGUUGUGUUCUGGUUUGAUGCGUCGUCUCAUCUCGGGGAGGCAAGCGACGUAGCCAUUUAUGAGAAAAACGUCUACAUAACUGAUUUCAAACAUCACUGCGUGCAAGUGUUCAACACUGAUGGGCAAUUCAUCCGUAAGCUGGGUGAACCAUCACAGACUCCAUAUCCAAUUGGCAUUGACGUAUCAAAAAAUGGUGACGUUCUUGUUGCCGAUACGCAUGGGAAUCAUCUUCACGUCGUGGUGUUCACAGCAGACGGCACGCUUCAACAAUCUUUUACACAUAAUGAGUUCAGGCUGUCUCGUUGUGUUGGUCUGCGUGUUGCCGGAAGCGGUCAUGUCGUCACUUUGUGCAAACACAACCACACUCUUUUUGUGUUCAAACCGCUCUACAUCCGU